UCAACCAAUAUCCAACAAACGUAAUAAAUGGUACUGCACCUCUUUCUACAAGUGUGAGUGACGAUGUAUGUAACAAUUUGGAUAUUGUGAAACAGAAACCGAACAGCCAGUGCUACUGCGAUGUUCACUACGGAUCUGUUAAGAGAAACUGCUUGCCUGGCUACAUUGAAGUGAUCGGGGAUUCAAAUUUAGUGUAUUGCAUGAAUGAAUCAAUUUAUGGAGGACAGUGUAGCAAUCAAAAUGAAUGUGGAAAUGGGCGUUUGUGCUACAGUGCAUUCAAAAAUAACCAGUUACAUUAUGAAUGUCAACCUCUUUCAACAUGUGAAAAUGCUGAUAUGGGAAGAUAUUGUGAAAAUGGAAUUUGUGUGGUCAGCCAAGAUAACACCGGGUUUUCGUGCAUAUGUGAUAUAGGACACUACGGUGCUUUUUGCCAAAAGAGAUUUGACAGUUGCAGAUUUCCAAACCUAUGUUCCAAAAAUGGGUUUUGUGAAAAUAACAAUGAAAAAUCAUUUACUUGCAACUGCUCUACUGGCUACUACGGAGACUUCUGUCUGGAUAAAAUUGUAGUUACAGUUGGCAAUAUUACAGUUAAAGUAACCGUGCCUGUAGAAGUCAUGUCUCCAAUCAACAGGACAGCAGCUAUAAUUGGAGGUAGCGUUGUAGCCGGAAUCAUCUUCAUUGCCAUAAUUGUAGCCAUCCUCAUCUGCAUCAUCGUGGCCGUCAAACGCCGACAACUUCUUAAAAAACGGAAUGUGGUCGGUAUGGAGAUUGGAACUUCGACGGAUAAUCAUGGUUCCGUGUCCAAAUGGUCUGUUAAAAAUAAAGGAAAGAACAACUUGACUAUGAGACUUAGCAAGCUCUGGAAUAAUAAAACACUCAGAGGAAUGCCUACCGUACCGUCAAGAAUGUCUGGCAAUAUGACUUCUAUAGACCCACAAAUUGUCAGUCAAGAAGAAACAGUACUAGAGAAUGAGGUAAUUCACGACAACCGCCCAGUCAUGGAAAGUUGGAAUAAAUAUUUGGAGAACUUGGUAGAAAAAAGAGUCAUAAACAAGGGCUUGAUGGCCAACUUGCAGACCAGGGAACACAUGCCAACGACUGAUUGGAUGAUGGAUUGGGGAGAGGUGUACACCCUUGAUGCGCAGUACAAUUCGGACAACAGCAAGAUAACCGUGCAAGGAUGUGAAUUCAAGCUGGAAACAAUGUCGGACGGACUGACGUGUGGGUGGUGCAUUCCUGCUGAUUUUGACGCCAAACAAAAAUUCAUGGCGGUGAGCAAAACUAAGAGAUACCUGAUAGUUGGCAUGGUCACAAUUGGACCAGAUGUGGAUGGCAAUGAGUGUAGAGAAGAAAUAAAGUUCAUCGCAAAUCACAUCAAAUCUGAGGGGUUCUAAGAGUGUCAGCAACGGUUCCGUCUCAAAAACUCAUCUCCAUGUUUUCCCUUCUGAGCCAUUCGUUUUAAAAUUGUGUUUAGAAAUGAUUUGUUUCGUAUACAACUUGUUGGUAAAUUUGAUAUAUUUGUUCUUGAGUGCACGUAUGCAUAUUUUUGUCUUCGUGUUUUACCGUGUCAAAUGUUUUCUGUUAUGUUCAAACUAUAAUUAAUUUAAAAACGAUUUAUUUGCUGCUACAUUUGAGUGUUUCUCGGACAAUAUCUACAAUACUAUAUAUAUUUUGGGCUAGCAAUUUUGAUUGUUGUCAGUUUCAGUAUCACUAACAAAGUUUAUUAAUAAUUUAUUUAUCGAAACAUAAUAUCUGAACUACAAAAAAUUGAUAAUUUAAUAAAAAUUUAAUUGAAAAAAUGUUUAAAAACAAUUUAAUCUUAAUAAUGUUCCAACGUUACCAAUGUUAUGAUUUUUACGUUAUACUUUUACAUGACAUAUGAUGAAGUUAAAAAACUUAACUUAAAUAAAUUUUUAGUUUUCAUUAAGGUAUUUGUCCUUUUAUAUUUAAAGUUGAAUUAAAACAUUAAAACAUCAAUAACCACACACGUUUUAACUGUUAAUAGAAUGAACACUUGAAUAAAUUCAACUUCGUUUGAGAACUCAGAAUUUUUUCAAUGUCCCUGUUUCAUGAUAUGCCUAGUCAAACUUUGGACCAAAUUAUUCCCUUUCACCUCGUCAUUCGCGGAUAGAAUAAGAAGAAAAUUAUUUGACCUCCCAAGAAUUAAAAACAUAUUUUCAUUUUGCAACUUGUCCAUUUCAUAUUUGUUGUCGUUAUUCUGUAAAUCUAAAUUUCUUCCGACUACUGUUCGAUUUUUAGGCUCUCCUCCAAGAAAAUAUUCCUCGCCCUUCAAUUCAACUUUACAUUUAUCUCCUAUCACCGUAUCCACGAAUAAAAUUUCAUCCCAAUUCAAAUCCGCCCAUUCAUCUGUCGCUACAAACCGAUUUUUAUGUAUAUUAGCCACUAAGGCGUUGUUUACAAAAGUUGAGUUUGAAAUUAAACCAUUUAGAAAUGUUUUCCAAUCACUCAAAUCUUCAGAUGCACGUACAGUUGAUGGCGGAAAGAUCAACUCGACUUGGUUGUCAUCGUCCAAGUUUAUGUCACUGGGUGCUCUGGGAGAUCUUGUUAAAGCAUAGUAUAUCAUUGUUCAAAUAAUUCUAACUUGAAAUCACAACUUUAAAUCCAUUAAAAUAAUAAACAAUAAAAGAGGUUUCAAAUUAUAAGUUUCAAAACCAAUAUUAUAUUAAACUCCUGUAAAUUAAAGAUCGAACUUAAAAUAUGUUAUAAAGCUGACUCACCCACUCAUCAUAUUACCCUCCUUAAUGGUUUCGGCAUCAUAUAUCUUGCUAGCCCUGUUGAACAGCCUACGAUCAAACGUGUUUGAAGUUUUGGAGCUCAUUUCGUAAAAAGAAUUCUUACGAUCAACAGGGGAGUAGGUGUACUCGUUGCCACCGUACGAACCAGCCGGUCCAUCGGCCAGAGGAUUGGAUGCAGCAAAGGUUGGCUCGUGCACUGGUGCUUUCAAACCCGUGUCCCAAUUUGAGUUCUUUCGUUUCUUAACGUACCAGAAUUUGUAAAGUAGGACUACGAUGACGAGUAUCAGAAGAAAAAAAGAGCAGAUAACCGCCGGUACAACCUUCACCACGAGGUUCGAGGCCUGCGUCUCACCGCCUGAUGCUAUUUGCAAAUUAUAAUUUCUUAUUAAAUAACAAUCGACAAAUGUUUUUUAAUUAAACAUGUUAAAUUUUUAAACUUUAUUGACUUUAUUGAACGAAUUUGGUGAAAAUUUAAAUACCCCCUUGAACAUUUGGAUUAAUUGGAUUUUCAACCACUGAGAGAGUCGUUGAACUGGUGGGUGGACUUGUGGUGGUAGUGGCGUCGACAGCCACUGCUGGUACGUUAGGGUUAUAUUCACAGAACUCACCGUAGUAGUUAUUGUUGCAGGAACAGAAGAAGAGGCCCUCUUUAUAAAGAUCUGUGAUGCAUCUGCCAUUUGAGCCGCAGAUGUUUGGGAAUCUGUUAAUGAGUGAAAACUUAUGAGAAAAAAGUUUCAUAAAAAUAAUUUGUAAAGUUUAUUUUCGUCUUAUCAUUCAUAUAUAACAAAAAAUAUUCUAACUUCUAUAGACUUUUAAAAAAACUGAGUGUUGCUUUUUUUGAAAAUAAGAUGGACUAUUUAAAAAUUCACACCUGCAGCUGUCAAAGUUG